AUUCGAAACUAUAUUACUUCCUUUAUUGAAUUCGUACCCUAUCUGUGCCUUCUUAGUCACUUUAACCCACAGCGAAUAAAAAAGAAAGAAAAAGCGAUUCUAGAGGGAAAAGGUGUAUAGAAACUGCAGCCUCCCGUUCAGUAGCGAAAAUACAAAGGACAUAAUGGCCAGGAAAAUGUUUAAAACCAUUGAAGCAGAUGUCGAUGCCGGAACUCAAGACGAUCGACUUUACAAUAAAGCUUUCGACAAAUUCAGAUCCUCUUUAAGGAAUACAUUGCUGCCACUCAUACGAAAGGAAACACCUAUACUAGCAGCCAUGCAGAAAAAGAUUCGCUCUCCAGGAUUAGAUACUUAUUUUAUAUGGACAGCCAAUUUAGGUACACAUACUUUUUUUAUGGUAUUCUUACCUAUCCUCAUCUGGUUCGGUAAUGACGAGAUUGGUAGAAAUAUUGCUAUUUUGACAGCGUCAGGCGUGUUUUGGUCAGGUUUUGUCAAGGAUUUUUUAUGUCUACCUCGGCCACUCUCACCCCCCGUACAUCGAUUGACUAUGUCGCCGUCCGUUGCUCUAGAAUACGGAUUCCCAUCCACACAUUCCACCAAUUCAAUUCAAGUUGCUUUAUUCUUCAUUUCAUUGGCUUGUGAAAAAUUUACACCAGAAUCACCAGCGAGAAUGAUCUCCAUAAUUGCUUGUACCAUUUAUGCUGUGAGCGUUGUAUUUGGCCGAGUUUAUUGCGGAAUGCAUUCUGUGACAGACUGUGUUGGAGGAACCAUAUUGGCGUAUAUCCUUUAUUGGGUUCAAUGGACAUUCAGAGAACAAAUCAAUUAUCUACUUACUGAUCAGUCUUCUUAUUGGGUGCUUUUGGGUAUCCCACUGAUAUUGAUGCUUGUUUCAUUACAUCCUGACCCAAUGGAAAGGUGUCCUUGCUUUGAAGACAGCGUCUGCUUUAUGGGUGUGUUGAUUGGUUUAUUGCCAGGUACAUGGUUAUGUUAUGGUAGUGAUGUCUGCGUCAAAGGACUAUCGUCAUCGAUCAUUUCGAUGCAAUUAGGUCUGCUGGGUUCUCUAUUGCUUAUUUUAAAGCUGGUUAUCGGCGUUGCUUGUUUAUUUAUAUGGAGAAUUGCCUGUAAGAAAUUAUGUUACUUUAUUCUGCCACCCAUUUAUCGCGUAUUCAACCUUCCUCACCGUAAAUUUGAAAUUGGCGCGAGGACCUAUAAGAGUUUACGUAGAGAAAGUAUCCACCCCGUUCCUUCGGUUCUGGACUUUCAAUCCAUAUCAAAUUAUAUGGACGACCAUGAGCAUGUUGGUAUUCAGUCUGCUAUCGAUCUGAAAGAAGCACAAAAUCAGCAAUUGUCUCACCGUGGAAAUAAUAAUGGUCAACAUCAGCAUAUGCCUAUUUCAACCUCUGUUCCUGAAAAAGAAGCUUUUGAUCCUACAUCUUUAUUAGUGUUGGAAGAUGCACCACUUCGAUAUGAUGUUGACAUUGUGACAAAGUUGAUUGUUUACGCAGGUAUUGGAUUCAUUGCUACUUUUGUUGUUCCCAUCAUUUUCCGCAUCAUGUCGAACGUGUUAUAGCUUUUCCUUUGUUUGUAAUCUGAACUAUCUUUCAUGUACAUCAUUUAUACAAUAUAUAUAUGUAUGUGUAUCUAUAUACGUUAUAUAUAUCUUAAUUCCACUGUUUCGUUAUCGUAAACUCAUCUUUAAUUUACUUCACUAGUUUACUGUACUAGUUUAAUAUAACUUUUUAAUCCGAAUUGCCAGAAACCCCAAUCAUCAUCCAAUAAAUUUCUUGGUAAAUCAUCAAUACUAACUCAUCUUUUUAGUGACU